AUGAAAUCAUCUAAUGUUUUUCCUCUGCUUGUUGCUCUUUUCUUUAUAUUUCACGAGCGAGGUGUUAACCUUUCUUUAAGUGUACCUGCAUCUCCUGGCUACUAUCAAGAUGGGGAUUUUAUUAUUGGUGGACUCUUCUCCCUAAGAGUCACUUCUGGAGACAUGAGAAGCAAAUUUGAAUUCCAACAUACAUUUAACAUUCUACCGUAUGUACAUGCGGUACUUACCAAGCACUAUCAGCAGCUGCUGGCUGUGGUUUUUGCUGUGGAAGAGAUCAAUAAGAACUUUAAUCUGCUAUCCAAUAUGUCCCUGGGGUACUACCUCUUCAACGUUGACUACAUUGAGAUGAAGGCCGUGGAGAGUUCUCUGUCUCUGCUUUCAGGAGAGAGUCCUCCGGUUCCUAAUUACAACUGCAGGCCUGAGAAGAGGGACAAGCUGGUGGCUGUGAUAGGAGGCAUCUCCACAGGAAUAUCAACCCAGAUUUCCCGAGUAUUAAGUCUUUACAGCGUUCCACAGAUCAGCUAUGGUCCAUUUGACCGCAGUCUCAGAGAAAAUAUCCAGCUCCAGUCUAUUUACCAGUUUCCUACGAACACUGCAGCUCUGUAUCAGGGCCUCAUUCAACUCAUGCUGCAUUUUGGCUGGGUCUGGGUCGGACUUGUGGUUCCAGAUGACAUCAGGGGAGAAAUAUUUCUCCAGGACAUGACACAAGAAAUGAACAACAAUGGACUGUGUGUGGCAUUUGCAGAAAGGGUUCCAGAGUUUCCUGCUAAAGAUACACUAAACAGGCAACUCUUUUUUAAAAGAUUCAUGUCUACAAGCAUCAGUGUUGCAUUUGGUGACACAUACUCUCUUCUAAGAUUAGUAUACAACAUCCAUUGCUUUAUUCCAUUUGGUAAUAUCUGGGUCACAACUACUGAUUGGGAUAUAACUACAUUACCUUUUCAACAAAGUCAGAGUUACAAGUAUUUUGGAGGAGGAUUAUCUUUUUCUUUCCACACAGAAGAGAUUCUCGGUUUUAAAGAUUUUGUUAGAACUGUUCAGCCUGCAAAAUACCCUAAUGAUAUCUUUCUCCAGGAUGUUUGGUCUACAUUAUUUGAAUGUUCAUAUUUGGAUCAAGAUGGAAUCAAGACAUUGAGUCAAUGUGAACAAAAUAGUAGCCUGGAAACUCAUACUCUCCAUGUUUGGGAUAUGAACACAUCACCCCAGAGUUUCAAUGUUUAUGCUGCUGUGUAUGUAAUUGCCCAGGCUCUUCACAAAGAACUCUCACUCAGAGUUGAAGAAGAACCACUGGACCAAAGUGCCUAUGUGACUCCUCAUCCAUGGCAGCUCCAUCCUUUAUUGGAAGAAUCCCAACUUGAAAGAAGUAACAGUAGGCAGAAAAAUGUCAAUGAGAGAACUUCAAAAACCAAGCUUGACAUCUUUAAUUACCAGUCCUUGCUGAAUGGUACUAAAGCUCAAGUGAAAGUUGGAGAGUUCAUCUUUGAAUCACAUAAGGCUCCACAUUUAUCCUUCAAUGAUAAACUGAUGAUGUGGGGUGAACACCGUAAUGAGACUCCUUCUGCUGUUUGCAGCCCAAGUUGCCCACUUGGAUUCAGAAAAACCGUUGUGGAAGGAAAAUCAUUCUGUUGCUUUGAUUGCAUUCCCUGUCCUAAUAGGGAGAUUGCAAAUAAAACAGAUAUGGAUCAAUGUGUCAAGUGUCCUGAAGACCAGUAUCCAAAUAUGCAGAGAAAUCAGUGUCUCUCCAAAGUCAUGACAUUUUUAUCCUAUGAAGAUACUCUGGGAGUUGCGUUGGCCUCUACAGCCAUUAGUUUAUCUGUCCUCACAGCUCUGAUUCUUGGACUUUUUGUCCAAUACCGAGAUACACCCAUUGUGAGAGCAAACAAUAGGAACCUGAGUUAUAUUCUCCUCAUUUCCUUAAUCCUCUGCUUCUUUUGCUCCUUGACAUUUAUUGGUCUUCCCAGUCCGGUUACUUGCAUUCUGAGACAAACAUUCUUUGGAGUUGUAUUUUCCAUAGCUGUGUCUGCUAUAUUAGCAAAGACUUUCAUUGUGGUUGUCGCCUUCAAAUCUGUCAAACCAGGAAACUCAAUGCAAAUGUGGAUGGUUACUCGAUUUUCAAAUGUUAUAGUCUGCAGUUGCUCACUCAUUCAAGUGUGCAUCUGCACAGCCUGGAUAAUAAUCUCUCCUCCCUUUCCAGACACUGACACACAAUCGGAGUUUGAACAAAUCAUACUUCAGUGUAAUGAAGGGUCUAAUGUUGCCUUCUACUGUGUUCUGGGUUAUUUAGGAUUUCUGGCAUUUCUGAGCUUAGUUCUUGCUUUUCUGGCUAGGAGACUUCCAGACAGAUUCAAUGAGGCAAAAAUGAUCACAUUUAGCAUGCUGGUCUUCUGUAGCGUGUGGAUUUCUUUUAUACCUUCCUACCUGAGCUCUAAAGGAAAGACCAUGGUGGCUUUGGAAAUUUUUGCAAUCCUGUCUUCCAGUGCUGGAUUGCUGGGUUGUAUAUUUCUCCCCAAGUGUUAUGUAAUUCUUCUGAGAUCAGAUAAUAUUUCAAGGAAAAACUUACAUUAA